ACGGCGUCAGUGUCCCAGCAUGAGCCGCGUGGGACGGGAGAAUUCUCUUUGGUUAGUUUGUCUCUAAUGGUCCUUAAAACAGAAAACAAAAAAUGAAGGCAGGCAUCAAGAUGCUUUCCAUUAUCUCAAUGUUUAUAUAUUAAAAAUGUUUUAUUUAUUUUUGUGGAGGCCAUGUUGCCAGCCAGGUCGCCCAGGCUAGUCUUCAAACUCCCGGGCACGAGAUCUCAGGCCGGAAUGACAGGUGUGAGCCACCACGCCCAGCCUUAUCUCAAUAGCUAAACGUGUGGAUCUGCCUCACAUCUGGAGAGGCAGAGAGGUGAGCCAGCAACAGGGCUAUUGAGGAAGGAAGGAGACCUGUUUAUUGAUUUUAAAUUUUUUGUAGAGACAGGGGCCUCACUAUGUUGCCCAGGCUGGUCUCAAACUUCUGGGGCAAGUGAUCCCCCUGCCUUGGCCUCCCAAAGCAGUGGAAUGACAGGCGUGAACCAACACUUCUUGCCUGACACCUGUUUCUUUCGGAAUAUUUGCCGCCAGCCAUCGGUAAAGAAAACAGGCUCUUGGCCCUUUUGCUGUGCUACCUCCUGGUGGCCUUUGCUCGCCCAGAUGUUCCUCGAACUCCUGCUCAUGUCGGAUAAAGGCGGCUCUCUCUCCUGUGGCGGGGACCGGGCCACAGUGGAGAAGGUAGCUGCGCCAGCCCUCAGGGCGGCCCUGGUCCAAAGGACGUGGGCCCAGGAGCCAGCUCGCCGUCCCGGGAGGCCUGCAGCCAAUGACGGGCCUGGUGGGCAGGAGGGCCCAGCCCCCUUGUUCCAGUGCCAUGAAUCUGAAGGGCCACCCACUUUCCGGUCGCCCCAGGGGCUGCUGACCCUGCCUUCCCCUCCUACCCAGCAGCCACACCCAGGAGCGCUCCCCAACACACUCCUUGCUGGAAACCCAGGACAACCGCCAGCCUGUACGAACCAGGCGUGAGAACACUAACACAAGUCCCCUUCCUUCACUGGGGAGGGGGCCUGGGGCUGCUGCUGCUGGGCCUGCUCGUUCUCCGGGGCUGUCCCUACUUCGGCUGCCGACGUCGCCGCCGGCCCACCGGGCCUCGCAGCUACCCACCCGCUCCGUGCCGCCCGGGUCCGCGUGGCGUCGGCCGUCUCACCCUUCUCCGCCCUCCUGGAGGCUGGAGGGCGCCCCCAUUCCCGCCGCCGCCCGGUCCUCCCAGCCCCAGGCCUGGGCCACGCAGGGCGCCUUCGCACACGGCCCCGCGAGGACCAGACCUGCUCCCGGUCCCUGGGCCGCCCACCCCCGCCGGUAAGGCGGCUUCCUCGGGGGCCCGGCCCCACCCCAGCGAUGGCAGCAGCGCGCUGGGUCGCAGACACUUCAGUCCGGGGCCAGGACCAGGGUCAAGCCCUCUUCUGGGGCCAAACGACUACUCCACGGGAGCGCGCCUGCGCACCGCCCCUCCUCGGGGCCCGGUGGCGCGUGCGCGGAGGCGCGACCCAGGAACGGCUUGCGCAGGACAGCCAUCUGCGCCUGCGCAAGACCAGGCGCGGCACCGCGGGCGUUCGCGGGAGGGAACGCUACGGACUGCUCGCAGCGUGCGCACGCACGCACGCCCGCACGCUCUCGGGAAGCGUCGAGUCCGGGACGCCCAGCGCGGGCCCGGAGCAGGGGGAAGGGAAGUGCGGCUCGGUCGGCGCGGGUGGAGGGGGGCGUGAGGCCACCCUACGGUGGCCGUCGAGGGACGGCGCUACGGCUCCCACGCUGGGUCAAACGCCUCCGGCGGCCGCGCCCGGGAGCCCCGUCACCUGCAGGGCGACCCCGGCCGGGGACGCGUGAACCACGCCCUCAGCCGCCCUGCCAGCGCCCCCAGCUGCGCGCCCCGGCACCAUGCGGCCGCCCUGCGCACGGAGCCCCGAGGGACAGAGGCGCCCGCAGGUCCGGCCCCUAGCACCGCCGGCCGGCCCCGAGGUCCGGGACGCCGGCGCCGCCGCGGAGAGGGCACCGGGCCGACGCCUCCCCCCAGGCUCAGCUGCGGGCUCCCAGGCCUAGGUGCCCAUGACCCCUACGCUGAUCGCCGCCUGGACGCCGCCACCGCCGCCACUGCGAGCUACCGCCGCCACCGGGGCCCAAUGCCGGUCAUGCCCAUUCCGCGGCGGGUGCGCUCCUUCCACGGCCCGCACACCACCUGCCUGCAUGCAGCCUGCGGGCCCGUGCGCGCCUCCCACCUGGCCCGCACCAAGUACAACAACUUCGACGUGUAUAUCAAGACGCGCUGGCUGUACGGCUUCAUCCGCUUCCUACUCUACUUCAGCUGCAGCCUGUUCACCGCGGCGCUCUGGGGUGCGCUGGCCGCCCUCUUCUGCCUACAGUACCUGGGCGUUCGCGUACUGCUGCGCUUCCAGCGCAAGCUGUCGGUGCUGCUGCUGCUGCUGGGCCGCCGGCGCGUGGACUUCCGCCUAGUGAACGAGCUGCUCAUCUACGGCAUCCACGUCACUAUGCUGCUGGUCGGGGGCCUGGGCUGGUGCUUCAUGGUCUUCGUGGACAUGUGAGGGCCCUGGGCGCGAGCUUGAUGUAUCGUCCUGGCCUGUGGCUGUGUUCUCUCCAUGGGUGGGGUCGGCCAGCGCCUUCCCUUCUGCUCAUCCCCCAGGCAGUCGCUGCUGCCCGGCGCCCACGGAGAGAAAAGAAAGGGCUGAGACUUCCCUGAUGGGGUUGCGGACACCGCCCCUAGGCUGGCUUCCUGUGCCCACCCUCCCCGUGUGCACUCUCGGGGGCGGCGCCCACCUGCCGGUGGUUCCUGCUCACACGUCUUCAGGUCAUACUGUGGGGUGGGCCCUCCGUUCGCCUCUCUCCAGGACCACAGCUGCCAGGGACUUUAGACAUCACCCUGGGAGGCCCCUGGACACAGAGGGCUGUGUGCCCAGGAGCAAAUCCGGAGGGGGGGGCCCUCCUGGCUGCAUAGCCCCUUCUGCGUGCCCUGGUCCCAGCCCCAGCCAACAGGACAGGGAAGGCUCCCCUCGCUGACACACCACACUGCCACAAAGCUGCUUACUCUGCCCUGGGCCGCCUGAGGCCUGGCACUGCCUGCGGACCACCCUGUGUGUGUCACCCUGAGGGGUUGUGUGGGUCCUGAGUCCCCAGCCAGCCUUCAGGGUCCCCUUGGAUUGCGUAGAUGCAGUCUAGCAGGGGGCGGAGAGGGGCUCAGGUGGGAGGGGCCUCAGCAGGCUCCCAGCUCAGGGGCUGGCCUGGGGGAGCCCUGGGAGCCAGGGGCUGACUCCACUGGCCUGUCUGCCUGUUCUGGGAGAGCUGUGAGGAUGUCCUGCAGAUGCUCUGGAUUUCUGCAGCGGCACCUCCAUUCCUUUCUGGCUUUUUUUGCGGGGGAGGGCUUUGGGCCUCCUUCUUUGAGGGAACACCCUCAAAGAAAGCCUGGGACAUCAAGGCUACAGUGAACUGGGAUGGAGACUUUGCGUGUCCCAAGUGUCCGGAGCAGGCGGCAGAGGCCUCAGUGCAGCAAACACAGCCCCAGAGCCUGUGUGGCACCAGCAGCAUCUUAGAGCCCCGGGUAUAUGCUGAGAUCCUAUCCCACGCUGUCCUCCAGUGACUGGGGGGCCCAAAUGAUGGCACAGGGGCAGGUGGGCUGGAGGGGCGCAGAUGCCUGUGUUCAGGGAGGGCAGCCACCAUGGGCCGAGGUCUCACCCAGGACCCCUUGCUCUGCUCCUUGGCCUUGCAGUCAAGGCAACACUGUGGUGGACUGCCCAUGGCCGUGUGACUUUGGGGCCGAGUGGGAGGGUGCCCUGAGUAAUGAUUGCAAGGACAACAGGCAGAGGCUGCCCUAGAGCAGGACACAGGGUGCAGUACUGACAACCCUAGCGUCACCUCAAAUCCACGUCCCCACACUCCGGGCAUGGGUGGGACUUGUGACCCUGCCCUGUCAGGUGGACCAGUGGCCCAGGAGCCAUGAGGACAGUUGUGUGCCACUGGAAGAGAAACUUUUUGAAAAACCCUAAAUCAGGUAGAGAAAGCAAAAAAUCUUUGGCCGUAAACCGUGCUCUCUAAUUUAUCGGCAGCUUCUGUGGAUGACCUCUGAUGAGCCCAGGCUGCGUCCAGGCCCCGGACAGGCGGGCGGGCGCUUCCCUGCGUGGGCCUCAUUUCUUGCUGCAGAGAAUCUUUUGCACUAAGUCACGCUGUUUCCUCAAAGAAGCUUUGUUUUUUGUUAACAUGUUACUCAGAAUCACCCAGGCCUCUUGGCUGAGGGUGAAGGUGGGAUGGGAGGCCGGAGGGGGCUGGCUGUGCCACUCGUGCGGUGUCAACGCUGCAGGGAGUUGUGGUACCUUGUGCCCUCUGAGCACCUGGCCGCCUGCUGUCCCCGGUGCCCGUGAUAUUCAUCAUGUGAUGACCCACCUGCAUUAAACCUAUUUUUUUAAUGUGUUGAUGGA